GGCGGGUAGGCGGGUGGGGGCGGAGCCAGGGCCGGAAGUAGAACGGGGCGGCGGCGGCGGCGGUGGCUGGCUGCUCGGCACUGAGUGCAAGUAACAGUAUCACCAUGAUUCUUCAGAGACUCUUCAGGUUGUCCUCUGUCGUUCAGUCUGCAAUCUCAGUCUCUUUGAGGAGGAACAUUGGUGUUACAGCAGUGGCGUUUAAUAAGGAGCUUGAUCCUGUGCAGAAACUCUUCGUGGACAAGAUUAGAGAAUAUAGAACUAAGCGACAGACAUCUGGAGGACCUGUUGAUGCUGGCCCAGAGUAUCAGCAGGACCUAGACCGGGAGCUUUUUAAGCUUAAGCAAAUGUAUGGUAAAGCAGACAUGAAUACGUUCCCUAACUUCACAUUUGAAGACCCCAAGUUUGAAGUUGUCGAGAAACCACAGUCCUGAAGAAGUAAUGUAAACUUGAUCUGGUAGUUUGUCCUAGAUGAGUUUUCAGCUGGCCAGAAGUAAUGGAAUAAAUAAACAUUUCACAGCUGUCAAAUGUUCUUUUAAUUCUGAUUUCAAAUAAAUUAUUUGGUGAUGUUAGAUAUACA